UCAACCUCACAAGAACGUUUGAAUAAGGGUGAUACAAAUUGUAUUUUCAAGCCUUAAAUUGACAUCGAUAUAUUUUUGAUAGAGCUGUCGGACUCAGUUUCAACCUCAACGUUGUUAAAUGGAAACAUUUCGGACACUAGGUCUUCUGCGAAAGACUUGUCACACCUUCACACGCCUUUGUAAUGCAAGACAAAUUACAUGGUGUGAAAAAAGAGCUUUCCAAAUCGGUGUUAAGAGGAUGACCGACAAUGAUAAAGAGUUAAUCAACCUUAGCGAUUCCUGUGUGAAGAGACUGAAAGAAAUUGCUGAAGAAAAAUCCUACCUGAGAAUUAUAGUGGAUGGUGGGGGCUGCUCAGGAUUUCAGUACAAAUUUGAUAUAGAGUCAGAAAUCCAUGAUGAUGACAAAGUGUUUGAAAAAGACGGUGUUAAACUAGCUAUUGACACAGAUUCUCUGGAAUUCCUGAGGGGAUCUACCAUUGACUAUCAUGAAGAACUCAUUCGGAGUGCAUUUAGAGUUAUCGAUAAUCCCCAAGCUGAACAGGGAUGCUCCUGUGGUGCCUCAUUUUCAAUCAAGUGAAAAAAAUAACUUGAUGAAUUUCAGAUUUAAAAUUUAAUGUAUUGAUAUUGUCUACACUAAAUGAAGUGAAUUCUUCAGAAAUCUUGCAACAGGUGUCUUCAAGUUCUGUGGAAAAACAAAAGAGGUACUGAGUUUAUUUGAUAUGUAGGAGCCACAUAUCUGUGAUAAGACAAAACUUCAAACAUAAAACUUUGUAUAUGUACUUUUAAGCUAAACAAUGUUGAUUGAUUUUUAACAGUUAUUGAAGUUUAUGUUCAUCAAUUUGUUUUGUUUUGAAAUAAAAUGUUAAACAGCU